CAAAUGAAAUUUACAGAUUUGUUUACAAAUAAAAGAAUUGAAAGUUUUUAUAAAAAUGAUUUGUUUUGUUUGCACAGAAAAUGCUAAUCAAACUUUAGCAAUAUUUGAAGAUGGGGAAAUAAAUUCCAAAAUUGCUGUUAUUAUUGAGAAACAUCUAUGUCUAAAGCCACAGUUAAUGGAGAAGCAGGAGGAAGCCUUAGAGAUAUGCAAUCAAUGUUGGGAAAAAUUACGUGACUUUAAUGAGUUCUUUGAAUAUGUGGCAAAAGUUCACAAAGAACAAACGAAAUAUUUACCGGAACAAUUGCUAGAAGAUACGGGCGGUGAGCUGAAUGAGAAGCAUAUAUGGGAACCGCAUAUAAAAACUGAAACAUUGGAGGAAACUUUAGAUGAAAAUGUGGAAUUGCAUUUUUUUGAAACUGACGAUGUUUUUACUGAAAAUCCACUUUUAGAAUUGACUCCAGAAGAUGAUAAUGAUGAAAUGGAAGGAUUGAUUAAUAACGAAACCGGAAAUAAAAAUGAAAAACAGAAAAAUACUAAAACAAGAAGAUCUAAAAAAAUAUCCAAAAGGCCCAAAACACCUGAAGUAAGCGCUGAUGAUGAAGACAAUGAACAGUCAUUAGCUUCCUUACUAGGUGAUAUUAAACAUGAAGAUAGUGAUGAAUCGUACGAUGCAAACAACGAAUUAAAAGAAAGUUCGGACAAGAAAAAGAAGACAAAAAGAACUUCACUGCCUCGUGCAGAAGCUAAGCGUUCAAAGAAAGCUGCUGAUAAAACCAAUGAACCAAAACGUAGAAAGGGUCAUGUGUUAUUAGAAGAAAAUGAUGGCCUUAUCAAAAAACACAUAAAAAUGUUGUGUCAAAUGUGUUCCUAUAUUGGUGAAGACUUUUCAAAUUUAAUAAAACAUUAUAAAGAGGAGCAUGCUGGUGUUAAACCCUUCAUAAAAUGCUGUGAACGUAAAUUGGAUUGCCCGUCAGAUAUUUUACAACAUGCCUACUUUCAUGAAGAUCCGGAACAUUUUAAGUGUCAAAUAUGUGGUAAAACGUUUAUAAAUAACUCUGGUCUUAAAGACCAUUUUAUGAAACAUCACGAACCUGAAGAAAAUCUACCCUAUGGUUGUGAUGAAUGUCCGCGCAGAUUUUCCAGAAAAAAUCUAUUGGCACAUCAUAAAGCUAAACAUAUACCUAAAACAGAAAGAUCUCACUUUUGCGAGAUAUGUCAACCGCCGAAAGCAUUUGCUAGUGAGUACAUUUUACAGAUACACAUAAAAUCUCGUCAUACAAAAGCCUCCAAUAUAUGUCAUGUAUGCGCUAAAGAAAUAAGAGAUAAACAAGCUUUUGAAAAACAUGUACGUUUACAUUUCGAGACAAGUGGUCCGCGUAUUAAAUGCCCGCGAGAAGGUUGUGAAAGUUGGCUUAAGGAUGAAGAUAAUUUGAAACAACAUUUAAGACGUUUUCACAAUCAAGCGAAAUUCGAGUGUCCCGAAUGUGGGCGUAUAUGUAAAAAUAAACAUUCUUUAACAUGCCAUUUAAGAAAUACACAUUCCACCCAAAUCUUUACGUGUGAAGAGUGUCAAAAGAACUUUAAAAGUGCAUUGUCGUUAAAGGAACAUAUGGCCGGUCAUACUGGCGAACCUUUGUACAGUUGUCCAUUUUGUACCCGAACUUUCAAUUCCAAGGCAAAUAUGUAUUCACAUAAGAAGAAAGCUCAUCCUGUAGAAUGGGAUUUAGUUAACAAAUCCAAAAUGGGUUUUAUUAUUAAUAACAUGUUAUGUUGUGUUUGUUUGUUGGAACAAUCCAAAACUUUAGCUGUUUUUGAUGUAACAAAUGAAACUCUAAAUAUUGCUGAAAUUGUACAUCAGCAUCUAUGGUUCAAGCCUACUCCAAACGAUGAUAAUCCCACACAAAUCUGUAUUCAUUGUUGGAAUAAAAUCAAAGAUUUUCACGACUUUUAUCAAACAGUAGAAAAAUCCCAUAAACUGUUUGAAAAUCAGAGCAAUGAUAUUAAGGAGGAAAAACCCAAUGUUAUUAAACAGGAACAGGAUGUAUUUGAAGAAAAUCUUAUGCAAGUGGAGGUGGAAAUUGAUGUGAAUGCUAGCGGUACGGGUGAAGUUAUCAAAGAGAAUCCUCUAGAAGCUGAACGUAUUGAUGAAGACAUUGCAUUGGAACAGGAGUCGGAAGAUGAUAGUGAAAGUUCUUUUAAUUAUGGUGAAAACUCCGAAAUAAGUGAAGGUGGUGAAAGUUCAGCCGAAGAAUAUAAAACAGAAGAUAUUAAAAGUAAAAAAGGAAAUGUCGAAAAAGUGACAAAAAGGAAAAAGUUCAAUAAAACAGAAACGAAAACUAGAAACUCUUCAAGUAAAAAGAAAUGGACAGAUAAAUUUCUAGAUCCCAUACUAACGGAAGAAAUGAUUAAAAAACAUAUUAAUAUGAUUUGUGAUUUAUGUGUAUUUGUGGGAGCAUCAUUUCCCGAUAUGGUGAGUCAUUUUAAGAAAUACCAUCCCAAAGUAAGGCCCUAUAUAAUGUGCUGUGAUCGUAAAUUUACCAAGCGUUAUUAUGUAGCACAACAUGCUCUCAAACAUGAAGAUCCAAAUUAUUUUAGAUGUGAACAAUGCAAUAAGUCCUUUACAACCACUUGUAGUCUUAGAACACAUAACUUAUCUUAUCAUGCACCCGAAGAAGAACUUUUACAUUCUUGCGAAUCAUGUCCAAGAAAAUUUGCUCGACGUAAUUUAUUGGAACUACAUCGACCUGUACAUAUACCAAAAGAGGAAUGGAACUUCUUUUGCACUAAAUGUCCAACACAAAAGGCAUUUGCCACGGCCUAUUUGUUAAAUAUCCAUAAUGGCAUGAAUCACAAGAAAGCAGCCAAUAUAUGUCAUGUCUGCGCCAAAGAGAUAAAAGAUAAACAUGCCUUUGAGAAACAUGUACGACUACACUUUGAAGACAGCGGUCCUCGGGUUAAAUGUCCCUAUCCCGACUGUGAUAGUUGGCUUAAAGAUGAGGAUAACUUAAAGUCACAUUUACAAAGACAUAAUCCAGAAGGUAAAAUCUAUAAAUGUCCUGAUUGCGGUAAGCUAUGUAAAAAUCGUGGAGCUCUUACAAAUCACAAGCGCUACAGUCACUCCAAUGAAAGAUUCCAGUGUGAACAAUGUAAUAAAACAUUUAAGAAAGCUAUAUCAUUAAGGGAACAUAUGACCCAACAUACGGGAGAAACUUUAUAUAAAUGUCCAUUCUGUACUCGAACUUUUAACUCGAAUGCAAAUAUGCAUUCACAUAAAAAGAAACAACAUCCAGUAGAAUGGGAUGAAUGGAGGAAGAAUAAAAAAGGCAGUGCACAAAGUUUUAUUAAUAAUACUAAUCCUUUAGUUGGAAACUAAAUGAUAAUAAAAAUUUUUUGCAAUAUC